AUUCGAGUUAUUGGCGUUUUGCGUCAUAGUCUUGGAGUUGAAUGAAUACGAUUUAAACUAUAAUGGAAUCGCUACAAAAUGGAUGGCUUUACAUCCAAGCUGGACUUUUCAAUCGAUGGAAGAAGAAAUGGUUCAAAUUGACUCACCAUGGUUCGUUGUCUAUCAGCCCAAGACCAUACGCUCAGCCUGACGAUAUGUUGGACCUGACUUGUAAAUGUAGGAAGAUACUGUAUGGUGAAGAAUGCAGUAGAAAGAUCAAACGACAGAAAGAAAACCCAGACUUUCUGAUUUAUAUCGUAUGUGAUGUAACAACAUUGGUUCUUUUGGCUUCAAGUCAAGAGGAAUUUAUGAACUGGAAAACCGCCUUGGAGUUGGUGACAUCUAAAUCGGAUUGUUGGUUAAGAGAAAAAGAGUUAGCAGCGAAUCAAAGCGGAGACUGUUCUAAUUUAAAGGAUGAAAACGACGACGAAAGCCGAAACGCACUUCUGCUACCAACUGCACGACAACAGAUAGAGUUAAUGUACUGCAAACGAACCAGCAUUGAUGGACAAAACCAUUGAUAAUAGUUGAACUGGUGUACAUGUUAACAAACAUGCCGUGAGUGGAGUUAAGGUUUCUCUCCCUCGAUUCUAGGGUUAGUUUCUCGCUGGUAUUCCUCACUCCACAAAACCUAACAAGCUGCUUUGACUAAGGCCCUGGCUAAACGAGGGAAAAUGUUUUCUUAAAUGUUUCCAAAGGAGGCAAAACUGUCAGGGAACAUCGGGAAACACGUUUACUCAAUAUCGGUUAGCACAUGCGCACUUUCAAGAUAGAGCUACCGUUGCUAAGUGACGAACUUUUAGAAUGUUGACUUUCGUGGCUAAACGAGGAAACAUUGGAAAACAUUGUUUCCAUGCGUCUUGGAAGCAUGAAAUGUUUCUGCCGCCACAGAAACAUUUUUGCGUCUUGGAAGCAAAAUUUGUUGCACGUAGCAAUGUUUCGCAUGUGGCUAAACUUGGAAUCAUCGGGGACCACGCGCGCGGGAAGCAUGUUCCUGGAAACUUGUUUCCUCGUUCAGCCAGGGCCUUAGAUCAGCCCAGAGGUUGUUUCAGGGUUCAAUCUCCGAGUUAGCCG